AUGUCUGGCUUGGAAGCACUCGGGGCGGUGGCCAGCGUUGUCGGCGUUGCAGGUACCAUCAAGACUUGUAUCGAUCUCCUUGACAUCUUGUCGACGGCCCGUAGCGCGGAGCACGACCUUGAGGAUCUGCUCGUCCACUUGCAAUGGCAACGAGUUCGAUUUUACUGCUGCGUUCUCGAGACUGGCUUUGUCGAUGUCGUUGUUUCCGGCCAACAGGAAUCGACGCAACCGGAUCCCGACCUUGAGACUCUGUUGCUUUUCCUUCCUCGUGAAUUCCGCUUCCCGUUCUUCCUUUCUCACAUCCAACGAACUAUCGUAAAUAUGAACCCGCGACUCCAUGCCACGGAACAGAUUAUUCACCGGUAUUGCACUGGGCAGACUCGUUCUGCCAAGACUUGGGCUGAGCGCAUGGCUUGCUUCUCGGACACAACCUCAACGAGUUCCAUCGUCGCGUUGCAAUCUCUUGCGCCAGAGUCUCGGAAACUGGGACUGUGGGACAAAAUGCGGUGGGCAGGACGGUACGUGAACCAGUUGACAUACCUCGUCGAGACGCUUCGCUCGUACAAUACAGAAUUGGAGUCCUUGUUACCUCUAUCUCGACAACGGCGCUUAGAGAGACGAGUCGAGCGCGGGCUCCUGACAUCACGUCAGCUUUCCGACGGGCUGACGACUCCAGGCCUCAACAGCCACGUCCCCGCCGAUUCCCAGGAUCUUCGACGAGCAAAACAUUAUCGAUCCUUGAUAACUUUGCUUGAGGACUCGGAACAACCGCAAGCCAAACAACUGUGGCAACAUCGAUGCCGAGAAGCUGGGACCAGCCCAGGCUCCCCGAGUUCAACAAGAUACUGGGCCGGUGCAAACCCUCAACCUUCACAUGGCGGAGAUCAAAAACAUCAACUCGAAAGCUACGGAACGGAUAGACCGCGAGUUUGUUUCUUAUGGAACUGCAGCAGUCAUCCUGGAGUGGCGGUACUCUUCGACCAAAAUGACACUGGCAAUGAGGCCAUACCUUGA